AUGUUCAAUCCCAACAUCCCCCCUCCCAACCGCGGCCGUCGCCAACAAGAUCCCAUCGUGAUUGCCGACGACGAGGAGGACGAAGAAGUCGAAAGCGACUACCCGGAACAGAUCUACAUCGAAGGAGUCGAAGACGACCAAGACUCAUUAGAUCGCGAUCUCGACGAUGACGAUGACGACGACGACGACAUGCAAGUAGAGUACUCAUUACAAUCAUCACGGCCUCACUCGGGUAUAAUGGGGUAUAACCAAGAACGCCAAAUACGCACUCGACUGCGCGAAGACCGACACGCCGCGUUAUGCGUCCUCUUAGAUAGGGAAUUACUGACUAUUCAGGCGUUGGCGCAUCAGGAGACCCUCCCGCAAACCCGCCGCCGAUUCCUAUCCCGUCUUCUUGCCCCGGAGGACCCCGAAUCCGCGGCCUCGAUCCGCGCAGACCGGUUCACGGUGCAGCAUCCCAGUACGAGCAGUAUUGCUUCUUCGUCGACGGUUGCGAUGAUUGUGCCGCGUCAGGUGGUGGAUGUGCAUGAGACGGAUGAUGCGGGGUGGAGGAGGCCGAUGGAGCGGGCGGGACGAGGGGGAUCGAUAUUGGGUCUGUCUGUAUAUUCAACAAUAAUUCAAUGA